AAAACGCUGCGUUUGUUGUCCGUCAAGGAGACGACGCUAAUAAUAGUCGUGGCUUCGUGAAGUGAACAUUAAAACCGUUUCUGAUGGCGUUUGGGCCAUCUGUGGCCUCCUUAAGCGAAGAGCAGCGAUCGGCACAAUAAUGGCUGAAAUGAUGAGUGAGUUAUUUUUAACACAGUCUGUUACAUCUCAACCAGCCAGGAACUAAACAGACCCACAGGAGUCCAUUUAUAGCAAGAACAAGGUCAAACCAAGGACUCUGCAAGGACUCCAUACAUCACGUAAAUACAGGGUAUAAACAUGUAUAUUAAAUGAGGAAUAUUUUUCCAAAGGUAAGAUUUUAUUUAUUUUUUUAUUUUUUUAUUUAAUUGAAAUUCAAAUACUAGGUACGAGAUAAGGUCGCUUACAACUUUCCUCAUUUUUAUGAUGGCAGGUCAUAAUGGGACAGUAUUAGCAUGCGUGGCGUGUGUUUCUCAGCUAUGCAAAUGUGUGCGUGUGAGAGAAGGCUGGCAGCUUGUUCACCUGCGCCAUGUCAUGCACCCUAGAUCAGAGUCAGAUGCCUGAAAUGUCAUUAUCAGCUGAAGCGUGCACCUGGGUUAUUAUCUGAAAGGUCGAUGCUACAGCUAAAUGAGAUGCACUGAGUGUUUGUCAAUAUAUCCGUGAGUGUGUGUGUGUGUGGGGGGGGGGGGGUCUAGAUGAGGGUCAGGGCCCAUGAAGGGGCCGACUGCAGGUAUCAUGAAUAUUUUAAUAUUUUAGCCUCGUCUCAUAUUGCCCUCUGUGAAGCGCUCAACCGCCUGCCACUGAAGAUGGGGAGAAAGGAAGAGGAGAAAAGAUGGAAAGUGACCGUUAAAUAGGAUGAAGGAGAAAGCCGGGAUUAGAAGGUAAAGCUCCCAAUUUCUUCCUGCUAGGAAAAAGAAAGGGGCAAAGUCCCUGUGCUGCUACCGCCACUAUCACAAAGAGAUUAGAGGGUGAGAUAAAAGGGAGACGCCGUGGAAGCUAUAGUGCUGACGAGGGAGAGAAAAAUAGAGAGGGCCUGUGCUGCACACAGCGCCAUUAGUGAAGCUACUUAGUGUGGGACGCAGUAACAGAUGAGUAGAGCAGCAUAAGAUCUUAGAAGAUGCAGAGGUGGAUGCUUAAAAGGCCAACAGCGUCUGCAGUGAACGUACGGCAGUGUGUGUGUGUGUGUGUGUGUGUGUGUGUGUGUGUGUGUGUGUGUGUGUGUGUGUGUGUGUGUGUGUGUGUGUGUGUUUGUGUGUGUGUGUGUGUGUGUGUGAAGGAAUGUGCAGGUGGGUCAAAGCCUCCAUUACAGCUUCCUGUCUCGGCCCUAAUGGGCCCGUCUGGUGCGGGUACUGGUCAGAGCAUUAACCUUUGAAAGAUGCCACCGUGAAAGUCCAGGGAGCACGCGAUUAGGCUUGGUUUGAGUAGCUGCGUGCUAAUAAGCUAAGUAACAACGACGCGACGCGUCUGCUCUGAGGCCUCCAGGUCUGUGAUGCCGCAGCAACGUCUGCCCUCCAUCGCUUCGUACACCAGCAAGACCCGAGUCAAAGCAGCUCCAGCACACCGGCAGAAAGGCGCCCGGCGGCAGGCCUCCUCCUCCUCCUCCUCCUCCUCCUCCCACCCCCCUCUGGGGCCCGGCUCCAUCCUCUCAGACAGCGCCAUGACGCCCUGGGGAGGCCUGCCUCUGUCGGAGGCCUCGUUCGCGUCCAUCGCCGCGCCGCCUCCCCCGCCGCCCCCGCCCCCACCUCCUCCCGCCCCCCAGCCCACGCCGGCCACCCCGCGUUGCGGAGGGCCGAUCGAAGAGGAGCCCUCGGGGUCACGUUUCAGCUCUGGGGUUCCGUCUCCCCCUCUGACAGUCUAUCAGAACAGAGCAGGUACAGUGUAACGGAGCGGCCGACAGCUUAAUUAUUCAUCCACUAAAAAAAGUCACCUGCUUCACCCGGUUCCG